AUCAUAUAAACGUUCUAUAAUUUUCCCUAUAUAAGGCUCGGCCUUUUGAUUGUCUCUACAACAUAAAAGAAUUGAAAGAAACAGCCAUGGCAAGUACUUGUAAUCCGAUUAUACAUUGCAAAGCUGCUGUUUCAUGGGAAGCAGGGAAGCCACUGGUUAUAGAAGAAGUGGAGGUGGCACCUCCACAGGCCAUGGAAGUCCGUAUCAAGAUCCUUUUUACAUCUCUAUGCCGUAGUGAUGUCCACUUCUGGGAAGCCAAGGGACAGAGCACUUUGUUUCCUAGAAUUUUUGGUCAUGAGGCUGGAGGGAUUGUGGAGAGUGUUGGUGAGGGUGUGACAGAACUCGAACCAGGCGAUCACGUCCUGCCUAUAUUCACAGGCGAAUGCAAGGAAUGUGCACAGUGCAAAUCGGAACAGAGCAAUAUGUGUGAGAUCCUCAAGGUUAAUAAAGACAGAGGUGUGAUGAUUGAAGAUGGAAAAUCAAGAUUUUCGAUCAAGGGCAAGCCCAUUUACCAUUUUCUUGGGACUUCCACUUUCAGCGAGUACACUGUGGUUCACUCUGGCUGUGUCGCCAAGAUCAACCCUUCUGCUCCUCUUGACACAGUCUUUCUUCUCAGUUGCGGAUAUUGCACUGGAUUUGGUGCUGCUGUUAAUGUUGCUAAAACUCCAAAGGGAUCAACAGUGGCUGUCUUUGGAUUAGGAGGUGUAGGCCUAGCUGCUGUUGAAGGGGCCAGGAUUUCUGGGGCUUCCAGGAUUAUUGGCAUUGAUGUGAACCCAAAUAAAUUUGAACAAGCAAAGAAGUUUGGCGUAACAGAGUUUGUGUAUCCAAAAGAUUACGACAAGCCAGUUCAAGAGGUACUUGUCGAAAUGACAAAUGGAGGUGUAGACAGAAGCAUAGAAUGCACAGGGGAUGUUCAGGCUAUGAUCUCUGCAUUUGAAAGUGUUCGUGAAGGCUGGGGUGUGGCUGUUAUUGUGGGGGUGGCCAAUAAAGAUGACUUGUUCAAGACUAAUCCCUUCAAUUUCUUGCUAGAAAAGACUCUCAAGGGUACUUUGUUUGGGAACUUCAAGCCCCGCACCGACACCCCCUUGGUUGUGGAGAAGUACAUGAACAAGGAGAUCGAACUCGAAAAGUUCAUCACUCAUUCAGUACCAUUCUCAGAGAUCAACACAGCGUUUGAUUUAAUGCUUAAAGGAGAAGGCAUUCGAUGUCUCAUUCGAAUGGAGGAGUAGAUCCAACCUUCAAGCAAUUCAGUAUCUUAUUGUAAAAAAAUAAAAGUUGGUAUAAUCGUAGCCUCUGCAAGACAAGGCCAGUAUUCAAGUGUUCAACACAUUUGGAUAACAGAACAUCUUGGAAACAUGGUGUUCUCCAUUUCUAGUUUUGCAGAUGAAAUUACAUGUUUGGUUUUUUACUGUGAAUGUGUCUGUCUGAGUGAGAUUGCUGUCUGCGUGUAUAUGGACAAGUUUGGUUCCAAUAUCCCAUACUGGGGAAAUAAUGUGAGUUUGCAAAAUAUAAGUUAUGAAGAAUGCACAAUCUUCAGUGGCUGCUUUUAUUUUUA